UAAUCUAAAUUCGAUUAGAUUCUUUUAGAAAGUGAUUGUACAGAAUCAGUAAGCAUUUAUCAUGAAAAAGGGCUGUAAUAAAAUUCGAGAUCAAUAAGAUCUUGAACUACAAGAGACGUUUGAUCCAAUUUUAAAUGUCAGAUAGAUAAUUGUGCAACUUUCUGGCGACUGAUCAACACUGUUUCAGUUUCAGCAGACCUGUCUCGGUCUGUAAUAUUCAGUUAUCGCACGGCCUGAGAAGGAAACGCAGACAAACGCGCGUAAAAUUAUACAAAAAAAAAAAACAAAACGUUUUUCGCAACUGAAAUAGAUCGGCGUGUGACAGUGACAUUAUGUUUUUAAAAUAACCUUUUUUUAUUUGUGUUUUUGAAGUAGUAAUACCAUGGAACGGCAAAGGUGAUUAGUGUUGUUUAUAUUGGCUUUUUGGUGCUUUGUUGAAAGUGCAUCUGUUCUUAUAUUUCAAUGUUUUUUAAGAUUUAUUUAAAUCACGCUUUUGAUAACAGAUAAUUCUAUUUUAAAUACAAAUUAUAUAAAAAAGGUGCUCUCGGUGUCAUCGUUUAUUAAAUUCAAUAUUGUUACUCGAAAUUAUGCAAAGUUGUAUUAAAAGAUCGAUAAUAAUUUCUUACAAGAACAUUCAAAAACUCAACAAAUGUUGCUGUAAUCAUUUAUGAUAAUCACAAUUCUUGAACAUUUUCUAACAAUACAGAUGGUUCGAAAGCAAAACAAUUUUAAUUGUGUCAAUCGUUAGCAUAAAUUCAACAGGUUUGAAUGUACUAAAUCUUGUAAUGCGCCAAAAUCAAUUAACAAACGUCUUUCGAUAAUUAAAUUUUAGAAGAAUUUUAAAUUUUAAUGUUUUUUGAUAGUGAUGUACCUAAUAUAAAAAAUUGCAAUGCUUCGAUAACUGAAUAAUAAACUAGUAAAUUAACAAUAUCAUAUCGAUAAAAAACAAUAUCAGUACGUAUGUAGUUCAUGAAAUAUUAUAUCGAAAAAAUUUAAAACUAAAAAGCUAAGAGGAAUAAUUUUUUGUUCUACAAAAAGUUCAACCGGUGAACAAUUGAUAAAAAUGUUUCGUCCCACCCUGUUCCGUGGUUUGAGUGUAGACUCAGCUGAUCUGUCCGGGUAUGAACUCGAUAGGAGCCGUCGCGCGUCAUUAUCUGCCGAACAGCGGAGGAAGCUGAGCUUACUCCGCACGUCCAGCAUACCCUCGCGCCUCAAGCCGGUGAGCCACAUUUACCACUUGGUACCCUGCCCAAGGAAGUGCUGCAAUCAGAAAUAUGUGGUCAGCACCGACCGGAGUGGAGACAUACAUGUUCAUGUACAAGGGGAUCUGACUCAGCAGGAUAAAAGAUGUGUCUUCCUGACCGUUCACGACUUAGGCACCAACCAUUCAUCAAUGGUGGACUUCGUGAACAGUCCAGCUAUGUCAGAGAUCAAGGAGAGGUCCUGCUUCAUCCACAUCGAUGUGCCAGGCCACGAAGAAAACUCUCCGGAUUUACCUGAUUCGUAUCAAUUCCCUUCACUCCAGACUCUGGGUGAGGACUUGGUAACGGUACUGGAUUUCCUCCACAUCCGCUAUGCAGUAGGUAUAGGAGAGGGUGCCGGUGCCAAUAUUCUGGCUAGAUGUGGGCUUGCCCAUCCUCGCCGUCUUCUCGGAUUGGUCCUCGUCAACUGUACCGCAUCCACUUCUUCUGUAGCUGAUGCCUUCAGAAGCAGGUUCUCAAGAUGGAGGGGAGCAGAUAUCUCUCAGUCCGAAGAGGACUUCCUGAUUUACCAUAAGUUUGGACAUGUGAGUUUUGUGCCAGGACAUCUUGAUUAUCGCUAUCAGCAAAUCUCUAGCGAUUCGUGCGAACCGAAUGAAAAAGAUCGCAUGCUGGCGGAAUACCGGUCCCGGCUUCGCGGCAAUCUCAACCCGCACAACAUCAAGCUCUUUGUUAGAGCUUUUAUCAACCGGAAAGACCUUCUCCUGAAAGGUUGCCGACCUGAUAUCUUGCUCAUCACGGGAACGCUGAGUCCCUAUAGCAGCGUCAUCGAGAAACUCUACAAGGAGCUCGAUCGGGACAGAGUCACUAUACUGAAAGUCGAGAAAGUCGGUGACGUAUUGGCCGAAGCGCCCGCCAAAGUGGCGCAGUCACUCCUCUUGUUCUGCCAAGGACAAGGUCAGCUGACGUCCCUCCCGCCGCCCGGCGUUGAGAGGCGCAUGUCCCGCGCCAUGUCCAUGGAGGAGUACGACAAGCCCAACAUCAGGCGGCUCUCCCUCACGCCGAGCGUGGCCGAUUCUCCGCCGCACACAAAGCUCUAGGGAAUCGAGUCUUUGCUUGAAGAGUUCGAAGCUUAGACUCACGCUAAAGGUUUGUCCUAGUGUCACCAUGAAAGUUAAUUUACUUUAGAUAUUGAUGAAAUCAGAUUAAUUACUUUCACAAAGACAUUCAGUCAACUUUAUUGUAAUUGUAGACUUAAUUUGUUGCCAUAGAAUUUAGAUUAUAGCGAACUCGAACUCUUUGAGCAUAAAUAUAAAAAUCAUUGCUUAAAUUUAUAAAGAAAAAAAAAGUCAACCUGUAUCUGUAGUAGUAAAUGUAAAGCUAGCUAAUUGAAAGUAAGAAUAUGAAAUUUAUUACAAAAGAUUUUUUAAAACAAAUUUUAUUUCAAAUAUUAUGUAAUAUUUGUAAAAAUCAAUUAACAUUUAAACUUUUUGAAUUAGUUAAGGCUUCAUAGUUUUGUUUUUCUUCUUUAAAUUAGUUGUAAAAUUAGAUAUAGGUUAUAAUGAUAUCGUAUACUUUAUUUACGUAGUUAAUAUAUUCAAAUAGUAUAUAGUUGCGUAAUCCAAUGUACAUAUUAAUAGCUAUAUUAUGGGAAUAUUGUAUAAUUUUAAACACACAAUGUUGCCCAAAUAUUUCGGGUUAAAGAUAUUCUUUAUUCUCAAAAGAAUUACAUAAAUUCACUUAAAUGAGAACAUUAAAUAGUUAUAAUUAUUUCGUAUUAUUUCGUAAUUUGAUCAAAUAUUUACUACAAUAAUAAAUAGUAAUAAAGGUUUAAUGGGAAAAAGAACGAUGAAAAUAUUGUGACGCAAACAUUAAAUUCGGUAUUUAUAUAAAUUUUUUGGUUUGCUAGUUUUUAUUUGGUUUUUUUAAUAUUAAUUAUCCGAGCAUGGGUAUUGUAUAUGAAUCAAAAUAUCGACGAUUAUAGAAUGAUUAAAAAAAACAAGAAAAAAAUCGUAAAACUAUCAUUCGCAACUUGUACAGGUUCGAUCUCGUAACAACGUAUCGGAUAUCCGCGGCUUCAAUUUGAACAAUUUUAAUUAUAUGAGCUUUUAAUAUCAUAUCUAUGCGCCUGAUAUAUAUGCAACUGUUUUAUGGUAGGAUUUAUUUAAAUAAACGCUGUACAACGUGAUCUAAAUACGAAAUCCUACAAUAGGCGAUUUUCGAAAAAAAGUAUCUUAUUUUUAUAUCCAUUGUAUCUCUUUAUAUCCAUUAUCGUUUUAUUUUUGCGGGAUUUCUUAAAACUUUAGUGACAACUAUUAGUUUGUAAUCGUAUUAGUUUUAAGUGAUUUUUUGUAAGUAAAUCGAAUGUAGGGUUUUUAGUUAAAUAAUAUAUAACACUUAUCUUUAAUGUAUCUAGCUUCAUAGUUGAAAUGUAUGUACAAAAUUACGAAUAAACCUGAGACAUUCUAGAAAAUAUAAAAUUAAACGACAAAA